AUGUUGGCCGCCAUACCCGUUGAGAGCUUGAGUGAUGUGAGGAGUUUGAAGCACCACCUGCACCAAACCUAUGCAGUACCGCUGUUCCGACAAGUGGUUUUGCAAGACUGCGAGAUCCAGGAUGACUCCGCCUCUCUUCUCUCGCCUGGCGAUGUGCAGCUGGUCGUGCGGAAUACUUUUUCCACUACACCCCACGCGGAGGUGCAGGAUUUUCUGCGAUUAGUCCGCGAUGGCCGUGUCUCUGAGGUUGAAGAUGUACUGAUGCGUUUCCAUGACCCCAACUUGCCACGAGGUUUGCCACUCGACUGUGCGUCUGAAUCUGGACAUCUAGAAAUUGUUCGUCUGCUGCUACAGGCUGGGGCGCGCAUCUCCCCUGAGUGUCUCGCCGUAGCAUCCGGUGCUGGACAUACCGAGGUCGUGGGCGCGUUACUGGAGGCUAGGGCAGAUCCCGAGUCGCGUCGUGAAGGACGAUUCUCCGCCCUCCUAUGUGCAUCGAACAAUGGGCAUGCAGGAGUCGUUCGCACACUUUUGGAGGCUUCAGCUGCAGAGGAGGGCAGCGCAAGUUUGGAUUGGGCUGCGAAGCUUGGCCAUUUAGAAGUUGUGCACCUGCUUGUGCAGGCCGGAUUUGGAUCCCAUGAGGUCGAUGGCCCGCUCGACGGCACACGUUUGCUAAGUGCAGCUCGUGGGGGCCAGGUUGAGGUUGCAAGUUUGCUGCUGGAUGUAGGGCUCAUCAGGGGUUGGGGGCAACAUGCCCUGUCCCCCGCGUCGCCGGCUUUACAAUGGUACGCGGAUGCUCUCAGCGAGGCAUCCGGUCAUGGCCACAUCAAGGUGGUGCGCUUGUUGCUGGAGGCUGCGGCCACUGCGGCUGCACUGGACGUGACUGGCUUGCUUUGGACUCGCUUGCCUGGGACGCCCUUGAUUGAGACAUCUGAAACGGGACAUGUUGAAGUGGUGCGAGUGUUGCUGCAGGCUGGGGCUUCCCCGAACUUGACCGACAAGGAUGGCUUGCUCCCUGGCGCGCAGCCUCCGCGAUCCGUUGCGCAACACCUUGCUGGCCGCACAGCCCUCAUGGCAGGCGCUGCCACAGACUUGCUUGACAACAGGGGCUCUUCAGCUCUGAUGUAUGCAGUGGACGGGCGCCGCAAAGGAGCUGCGCGUUUGCUGCUGGAAGCCGGGGGUGCCAUGCCCACGGAGCAGCGCUACCAAGAAGCCCUGAGCUCGGUGCUGGAGGCCGAAACUCCCAGUCCCAGCGGGGAGGAAGAUUUCGAUUUAUUUGCUUGA